CAGCGUCCCCGCCCCACUCUGGCCCCUCACAAGAACCAGGCUUCCGCCCGCAAAUAGGAACCGGAAGUCUACCCGCGGGGAGACGAUUCCGUCCCUCUCCUCUUCCGACAGGCUUCCGCUCGUCUCCUUCCUGGGAGUGGGAGGGAUUGUUUAGCUUCAUGGCGGCCCCGGGCGAGGCAGGCUCCGGGGUGGGAGCAGGACUUGGCCGAAGGAAAGCCUACGUAAAUCAGGUUUUACAAAACAGUCUUUCUGAAAUGUGACUGACUUUGGAGAAAUACAGGAUAAUCCUCGUAGCACCUGCUAAAGACGACAAAGACACAAUGUACACUAGGAAAUAGAUUUUACUGGUCACGUAAAAUGGAUCCGUGUUCAGUUGGAAAUCAGCUGCAAGCUAGCAGUGAUUGUCAUAAAACAUACUUUACCUCUCAAACUGGCUUCAAGACUAAGCAAGAAUUGUCAUCAACUGAUCUUUUACUCGUUCAGCUUAGGACUGGGAUAACUCUUUCAGACAACCAUACAAUAUGCUUCCAUCAUGCUAAAGUUUACCUUGAUAGAUAUGAAGACUUGCAAAAGUCAUGUUGUGAUCCUUUUAAUGUGCACAAAAAAAUUACAAGGAAAAACUUGCAUGCAAUUGACAUAGACGAUGCAACUUUUCUAAGUGCCAAGUUUGGACGGCAGUUUAUACCUGGCUGGAAGCUUUGUCCAAAAUGUACACAGAUAAUAAAUGGAAAAACAGAGGUUGAUUCUGAAGACUGUCAACGACGGAGACUUGAUUCGGACGGGCGUACAGCUAAAGCUUUGAAGUUUGCUAAUCCAGGGCGGCAUACUGGAUUUGCUCCAGAAGCAAACAAAAGAGAAAAAAGAAGGCUACAAACAAAAAGUACAUCUCUUAAUUCAGACAGGUAGGUUAUCUUUCCUGCUUGGAUAACAACUAUCAUUGCUUUCACAUCCUUGGGAUAAAGUUUUAUUUGCAUCUGAAUUAUGUUGGAUCUCCUUGAUUGGAUAGAUUAUAUUUCACUCAGGUGCACAGAAAUGGCAUGAUAAAAAUGUAGCAUUCUAUGACCUGUCUGUUGUGCCACUUAAUUGUGCAUAUUUGCUGUCCAGUCAUAAUAUCUGUGUUAGUCCAUAGAAUAGCUGCAAGGUGCCUAAUAUAAUUUACAUACAGUGGUGCCUCGCUUAAUGAUUGCUUC